AUGUCUUCACCAACAUCGGCCUCCGAUGUAUGGCUGGUGAAAGAGCACGUCAUCCCUGCGUCUUAUCCUCGAGGCUUUCGUCGUGGAGUGCGUAAUCCGUACACUUCACGUCUUCGCCUCCAUAUCAAGCAAUACACGCCACAGAAACCAGCAAGACCCGGCGAUGUACCAAGCACCGUUCCCAAAGAAGCAAUCACCAUUGUUUUCCACCAUGGUGCAGCCUGUGCUAAAGAAUCCUAUGAGCCCUUCUUUGCUGAUCUUCUUGCUCAUCCAUCAUGUCCUCCAAUACGCUCGAUAUGGUCCCUUGAUGCCGCAAACCACGGUCAAUCAUAUCUGCUCAAUGCUUCUGAAAUAUGCGAUGAACCGCACUGGUUCGACACUGCUCACGAUGUCAAGCACUUGAUAAACAUAUUUCAAGCAGAAAUGCCACCACCACUGGUUGGGCUUGUAUGUAUGGAGCCCACCACGGAAAGUGGGUGGUGGCAUGGAACAUACGAAACAGGAAACCCUCGCAUUAAAGGAUUGGCUGGGAGACGAGACAGAUGGCCGAGCCGUGAAGCGGCGCGGAAGGCUUUUGGUAAGAGUCCCUACUACGGCCGUUUCGAUCCAAGGGUCUUUGAAAAGGUGCUACAAUAUGACCUUGUCGACAUCCCUGACGCCGAAGGAGGAGGGGUCGCGUUCACGACCCCAAAGAGCCAAGAAUGGGCUUUGUACGUUAGACCGGACCCGCCACUGCCAGGCUACCCUACUGGAGAAGAAUACAUGACCAGAUUGGUCGAAAUUCAGAUGGUCACUGGGUUUUAUCGAGCUGAAGGUUCCAGAAUCAAGGAAUUUAUGACGGGGAUUCACUGCAAGACGCUCCUCGUGUGGUCUACAGAGGACAAGUGGCUGUCCAAUGCGCCGUACAGGGAACGAAUCACAACAGCCCUUGGAACGAGUCUCAUGGGAGGAGGAGGCAAAGAAAGGGGCCAAGUAGAGGAAAAGUUCGUUGAACAUGGCCGCCACAACUUUCCAUUUGAUAACCCUAGCGAGAGUGGUGCAAUAGUAGCCAAUUGGCUGAACGAUACGAUAUGGCCAAUUUUUCUGAAGGAAGAAGCUGGAAGAUUGAAAGAGCCCAUAACAAACUCGAAGGAUUUUCAAGAAGGCUUUCGGCAGAGAAUAGAGAACGUGCGACCAAUGGCCAAACCUUCAAAGCUAUGA